AUGAGUGCAAUUCGUGACAACGAGAACUUCGAGCCCAUUCAGGUGCUCGUCACUCUCCAUGAUAACAUGAGUCUGCUUGAUCUUGCUGGUCCUCUUCAAGUUCUCAACCAUGCUCAGCAUGAUGCCAAUGACGAAGACACAAAAGCAUUCGAAUUUACCUUCGCUGCCGGUGAUCAGACCGUCAUGACCAAACAAGGUGUCUCAAUCGACGCGCAGGUCUCCUUCAAAGAAGCCCUACAACGCCUUAAGGAAUUUGACGUGCUCCUGGUCCCGGGUGGUGAUGCUCUCAACAUCGUCAAGAAGGAGUUACAACCAAUUCCUCUCAUCAGCGCAUUCUCUGACCUUCAAACCGCGGAUCCCAGCCGGGAGAGAACCCUUUUGGCCAUCGACACGGCUGCCCUUCUACUCGCAAAGGCCGGUCUCUUGCAAGGACUCGGCGCCACCACCCACCCCGAUUUCUAUAUCAAGCUUGAGCAUGCUUGUCAAGAGGCGGCAGCCAAUGAUACACAGGAACGCACAGACGUUAUGGAGGAGCGUUACGUGGUCAACAACGCCCGCUUCGACCUCGGAGAAGAUAUGGAAGAAAACCCAUACGUCUUCAACAAGACCCGUACCAAGUCUACUGCUCGUAAGGGCAGCAUUGCACGCAAAGAGAGUAACGCGAAACGCGAGAACAUUGUCCGUCGCCAAAGCAUGAAGCUUGGUGGCAUGAGAGUCAUUACCAGUGGCGGAGCCGUCAGUGGUCUUGACGCGGCCUUGUAUCUCGUUUCUGCCUUGGUCAGUCACGAAUCUGCCCAAGAGGUGGCUAGACUCUUGCAAUAUGACUGGGUCAAAGGUGUUGUUGUUGAUGCUAUUGAUGUCUAA